GCGGUUUGGCGACAGGGCUCCGAUCUUUGGCGAUCUCUGGUACCUUGAUUGCUUUGCCUGGUUCCGCCGAGUGACGUCGCGGCGUAACCGUCACACCCUCAAGACGUGCAAAAGGCUCCGCAGGGUGGGGCCCUAAAAACCAAAAAAAAAAAAAAGAAAAAAGAAAUCUCAAGGUUUGUACCAGAAGAAGUGAAACCAUACAACUGAAAUGGGACUUUUACUCAGCUGGAACUCAGACUGGGACCUGAACCCAUGGACUAGGACUCAACCCACUGUCUUUUAACUGAAAUCCCACACCUGGUCUCAAGACUUUAUGAAGUUCAGGUUCUUUAUGUCUUGUUGCAGAAAGAAUUCAUUGAGAGACGAAAUAAUAGGUUGUGCCCUGCCUCCUUCCCUCCUGUUUCAGAAAGAUCCAUAAACUAGAGAUUCUUAACCUGGAUUUAUUGGCCUGUGUGGACCAUGGACAGCCUUCAGAAGAUUACCACCACCCUCCACCCCAGGCGGGAAAGGAGGGAUGGAUGCUGAGGCGAGUGAAGGUCAGCGCCUUCACACACCCCCACCCCCACCCUGGCAACUUGGAUAUGCGGCGAAGAGAACGUCCUCACCAAUGCUGGGCCCCAGUUCCACCAGCACGUCGUCGCGGCCCAGCUUGGCAAGCAGCUCGAGCAGGCGGCCCACCGAGGCGCCAGGGCGUCCUUGCCAGUCGUCCAGCAGGCUGCGCGUGGGGUCGGGAUGCGUCUCCAGCCGCCGGAUCUCCAGGUACUCGAAGUUCAUCUCCUCCGCCAGCCCAGUCCAGUCCGCAGCCACCUGCGUCCGCACGUUUAGGAAGAGCGACAGGCGGUGCCGCACUCGCACAUUGAGCGCUGCCAGAGGCAGGGAGGACAUGGAGGGGGUGGGGGGCGCGGACUCCGCUCCGGAGCCUCCUUCAGCCAUGGCGGGCCGCCGGGGAGCCUCCGCGCUGUCGAGUCGCCUUGUGGGCCUGUGCUUCCUCCUUCCCAUAAAGCCACCCCGCCCUCCUGGUCCCGCCCCGCCUGUUUCUCUUUCCGAGAAGCGCCACCCUGCCCUACAAUCUGGAGCCCAGCAGAUGUGUGGAGGUGGGGGACGCCCCGUCUCAGCUCUCAGGAUCUCGGGGGACGGGGGUUGUGGAGCCUGGGAACCUGCCUUUUGAGGUCCGUGAAGCUGUCUUUCCUCCUGUCUUCAAGGGUCUGUUACGGCGGUGGGACGACGACCCUCCUUGGAGGGUUAUAGGAAACAGGGACCUUGCCCUUUGCGUUCUGGUGGAAUUACAACCUUUCCAUUGGGGAUCUGAGGGGUUCAUACGGUCCUGCCCUCCAGAAUGGUGGGGAAGGGGCAAGGGGACAGGCAUCGGCUCUGCCGUCUCCCAAACACCAAAUUUUGGUGGAACACGCAAUCCUGCCUCUAAGACCACGGGGAAAUCCUCGGCUGUGCACUCAGAGGUGGAGGUGGGAAAAGGCAUACUGCCUUCUGGAGCCUGAGGACCCUUGAAAAGUGGGGGUCUCAUCCUCCGUGAUUGGGAUAACAGGACACACUGGCCUUCCGCGUCGAAGAGAACCCCGGUACUACCCUCUGGGGUAUGGGAAAACACAUUUCCGCUGAGAGUCAAGCAGGCACCUGGCCUUGCUCUUCAGGAGGCAGGGAACGCCGUCCUGAUCUGGGGAGUUUUGAUUCAUUCGCUCAUUCGAUAGGUAUUUAGUGAUCACCUGUUAAGUGUCAAGUAUAUUGCAGGCACCCUGGAUACAGAGUCUUUCCCUGCCUUAGAGACCCCAGCCUAGUGGCGGAGGUGGGCACUAAUCAAACCAUCCCCAAUGACUGUAAAAUUGUUAUUUAAAAAAAAGUAUGAGGCCCUUUCUCCAGAUAGGGAGCCUGUCUCAUCUCGGCACCUUUAUACGAUCCGUUCUCCUACCGUCCCAGAGUUCCCAGUUCCUCUCGAAAGAUUUCCCAGGAGAGCACAAGCUCGUCUGGGUUGGCUCUGGGCGGUCUCGGAAUUAUUUAGGUCCCCCAGCUUGGGGGAGACUGAAGAGAAAGUUAGGAAAGGGUAAGAGCGCCGAGCCAGAAGCUGUAGGCGGCGCUUCUGACAGGCCCGCCUUCUGUUUGGCGGCGGGCAGUGGGCAGGGUUGUAGGGAAAGGAAAUCCUGGCAGUGGCGAAGUUUGGUUCAAGACACGGAAGGAACUUCUGGAGACCCGCCUCGGGUAGGCGGAGCUGCAAGCGGAAAGGUUUCGGAGCUGCAAGCGGUAAGGUUUCCGAACUGCAUUUCUGGGCGGGGCUUCAGGAAAGUUCACCUACCGGCUCGCAGCUGCAGGCUCCUGUAGGCGGGCUUUGAGUGGAAAGAUCCUCUUGGGUCCAGCUUUAGGAGGUUUGAUUUGCGGCUGGGGGCGGGACCUCAGGCAAAUUCGUCUUCUGGUUGGCUGGGGCGAGACUCUUUAGAGGGAAGGGCCUGUUAGACGCACGGAGCCGUGGGCGGGGCUUAGGAGCCGUGGGCGGGGUUUAGGACCCGGUGGACUUAAGUGUAGUUCCUGCGCGGGUGGUGGUCUAUUGGCUUCGGUCUUCAGUGGUCUGCUGGCUGAAGAUUUACCCCGCCGAGUUACGCGAUGUGGAGGCUGCAGGUUGUGCUGGGCCACUUGAAGGCCCAGCCCACUUCGGAUUUGGCGCCGGCGCCGCAGGCCGAACCUUGUAGCAGCAGCCAUCCUCUGGCGUCGGCGGAGGACAUAGUGGUGGUGCACGGACGGCGCACAGCCAUUGGCCGAUCCGGCCGCGGCGGCUUCAAGGACACCACCCCUGACGAGCUUCUCUCUGCAGUCAUGACCGCGGUUCUCCAGGAUGUCAAGCUGAGCCCAGCCCAGCUAGGGGAUAUCUGCGUGGGAAAUGUGCUUCAGCCCGGGGCUGGAGCAGUCAUGGCCCGAAUCGCCCAGUUUCUGAGUGACAUCCCAGAGACUGUGCCUUUGUCCACUGUCAAUAGACAGUGUUCGUCGGGGCUCCAGGCAGUGGCCAACAUAGCUGGUGGCAUCAGAAAUGGGUCUUAUGACAUUGGCAUGGCUUGUGGGGUGGAGUCCAUGACCCUGGGGGACAGAGGGAACCCUGGAAAUAUUUCUUCACGCCUGGUGGAGAAGGAGAAGGCCAGAGACUGCCUGAUACCCAUGGGGAUAACCUCAGAGAACGUAGCUAAGCGGUUUGGCAUUUCAAGGGAGAAGCAGGAUACCUUUGCACUGGCUUCCCAGCAAAAGGCAGCCAGAGCCCAGAGCAAGGGCUGUUUCCAGGCUGAGAUUGUGCCUGUGACCACCACGGUCUACGAUGACAAGGGCAAUGAGAAGAGCAUCACCGUGGCCCAGGAUGAGGGCAUCCGCCCCAACACCACCAUGGAGGGCCUGGCCAAACUGAAGCCUGCCUUCAAGCAGGGGGGCUCUACCACGGCUGGAAACUCUAGCCAGGUGAGUGAUGGGGCUGCUGCCCUCCUGCUGGCCCGGAGGUCCAAGGCAAAAGAGUUGGGCCUUCCCAUCCUUGGGAUCCUGAGGUCCUAUGCAGUGGUCGGGGUCCCGCCGGACAUCAUGGGCAUUGGACCUGCCUAUGCCAUCCCUGUGGCUUUGGAAAAAGCAGGGCUGACAGUUGAUGACAUAGACAUCUUUGAGAUCAAUGAGGCCUUUGCAAGUCAGGCCCUCUACUGUGUGGAGAAGCUGAAACUACCCCCUGAGAAGGUGAACCCUCUAGGGGGGGCAGUGGCCUUGGGCCAUCCGCUGGGCUGCACUGGGGCUCGGCAGGUCAUCACGCUGCUCAAUGAGCUGAAGCGCCGUGGGAAGAGGGCAUACGGGGUGGUGUCCAUGUGUAUCGGGACCGGCAUGGGUGCUGCUGCGGUCUUCGAAUACCCUGGAAACUGAGGGAGGCCCAGACCAGAGGCACUACCCACUGCUCUGGUGGCAACACUACAGAAGUGAUAUCUGGGCACCUCUAGCACCGAUGGUGGCAAAGCAAGGUGCCUCCACUAACUCGGAUAUUGUGAACAAUGAUGAUACGGUACAGGAAGCGUGAGGUGUCACGCGUCUCUGGAGGGGAGAGAGUCGGCUGGGGUUGGGUCACCCAGCCCACAAGGCUACCAUGUGGUUCCUGGGGGAAAGGGCCUGUGGACGGAAUGUGCAGCAGACAUAGUAAAUGUGUUGUCUUAGUGGAUGGGCUUUUUCCGAAGGUCCAGUUCCUGC